AACUGCAUGGUCAAUAUUAAUACUGAAGACAAUGAGGACACCUCUGACUCAGAGUCUAGUGAUAUAGAUGAAGAGGAUAUAGAGGAUGUUAGUGAUGAUGAAUAUGAGGAGGAGGACGAUAGCAAUGAAGCAGAUAGUCUUGAUGAAGAUGACACAGAUGAGGAAAAUGAACAGCACCAAGAAGAUAAUGAAGAAAACUGUGAUACCAAAGCAAAAAAUAAACAACAUACAAGAAGUGAUAGAGACAGUGGCAUAGAUGAUUCUCCAAAUGAUAAAGAAGAAACAACUGAAGAUAAAUAUAAACUUUUUAAGUCAAAGGCAACAAGAAGACAAAUCUCAAAAACAAAGAGUACCAGUGAUAAAGAUACCCAGGAAUGUUCUCAGGAUCCAGAGAUACCAGAUGAAUAUGAAGAAGAUUCCUCAGAUGAAGAAGAUCUCAGGAACACAAUAGGAAAUGUGCCCCUUAAAUGGUAUGAUGAAUAUCCACAUUUGGGUUAUAACCUGGAUGGUAAACACAUUAUUAAGCCCAAACGUGGUGACACGCUGGACAACUUCUUAAACAGGAUAGAGAAUCCUGACUUUGACCGAACUGUCUUUGAUAAGCAGACUGGUCAAGAUGUUCGACUAAGUGAUGCAGACUUGGAUAUUGUUAAGCGUGUAAUGUCCCAGAAAGUGCCAGAUGCCAGCUAUGACUAUUAUGCACCUUGGAUUGACCACUUCACUUAUGAAGUCAUGGAAAUGCCUUUAUCAGGUCGCACAGAUUCUAAAAAAUCGUUUGUUCCCUCCAAGGAUGAAGCUGCGUAUGUUGCUAAGAGAGCUGAACAAAUCAGAAGAGGUCUCAUACAGUAUACUCAUAAAAGGGAAAAAAAAUAUCACUUUUAUGAUUUGUGGUCUGAUAAAAAGAGGCUGAGGAGAAUACACGAUCCUAUGCCAGCACCAAAGGUAAAAUUACCAGGUCAUUGGUUUUCUUAUAACCCUCCACGUGAAUAUUUGCCACAUUUCAACAAACCAUUCGGCAGUCUUCGUGAAGUACCUGGUUAUAAGCAUUUCAUUCAUGAAUGCUGGGAGCGUUGUAUUGACCUGUACAUUGCACCACGGAAGAGAGUACUGAGGGUCAACGCUUCUUCAAAGGAUCUUAUACCAGUGUUACCAAAGGCUCAAGACCUACAGCCAUUCCCCACCAUGGAGGGACUUGUUUUCAAAGGCCAUCGCUCUAUUAUUCGAUCAAUAUCUAUUCACCCUCUUGGCAAGUUUCUUGCAUCUGGUUCAGAUGAUCAAACUGUGAAAAUUUGGGAGAUUAGUACUGGUCGUUGUUUGCGCAGUUUCGACAUUGAGGCAGCAGUGAAGUGGGUGGCUUGGAAUCCCAGUAGCAAACUAUUUUUACUAGGCAUAGUAAUAGAGAAGAAAGUGAUCUUCCUGAAUCCUGAAACGUACCUGACAGAUAAGGUUGUUGUUAAACAGACUAACGCUGUUUUCAAGGAGGAGCCAGAUCAAGGAGACUAUAUUCAGCCUGAACGGGUGAGAACAGCUGUGACAUGGAGGAAACCCACUGCUGAUGAGUGGGCCAAGGGCUACAGAAUUGUCAUUGAUCAUUUUCGCAGUGUGAAACAGAUAGUGUGGCACAAGCAGGGUGACUACUUCGCAACUGUUAUUCCUCAGGGAGAUCACCGAUCUGUCCUUAUGCAUCAGUUGAGUCGCUGGCGGUCUCAAGUGCCAUUUAACAAGUGUAAAGGUCUUGUUCAGGCUGUUCAGUUUCAUCCUAAACUUCCCUUCCUGUAUGUUGCAACACAAAGCCACAUUCGUGUUUACAACCUACAAAAGCAAAGAAUUCUGAAGAAAGUUCAGGCUAACUGUCGCUGGAUAUCAUCGAUUGCUAUUCAUCCAGGUGGGGAGCAUUUCCUCAUUAGUGGAUAUGACUGCAGACUUAACUGGUUUGAGAUGGAAUAUACCAAAAGACCACGUAUUCUUCGGUAUCACAAAGCUGCUGUCCGUUGUGCAGCCUAUCAUCGCAAAUACCCACUAUUUGCUUCAGCCUCAGAUGAAGGACGGGUUAUUGUUUCACAUGGAAUGGUCUACAAUGACUGGCUGAAGGAUCCUUUUAUUGUGCCUGUCAAGGAACUGAAGGGCCAUAAGAUGUUUGAGGGUCUCUGUGUACUGGAUGUAACAUGGCAUCCAUAUGAACCAUUCCUUUUCACCUCUGGAGCUGAUGCUACUAUUAGGCUUUGGCACUGAGUGUAGUUGUUUAAAUCAAAUGUAGGUAUAAAUGAUGGAACAAUUCUGUGUAAAAUGCUGAUUAUGAGAUACAAUGAUGUCUCAUUCUUCAACACUAGCACUAACCCAGAUAAAAGAUGCAUGAAUCAUCAUCGUAUUGUGGCAGCAGUGAAUGAACCUUGUGUAGUUAUCUCUUACUUCGUGAAUAGAAUAAUUACAUUCUUAAUAUGACUUAAUUUCUUAUGCACCUGGUAUAAAAAUUUAGCCUGCCAGAAUACAUAAUUUUUGGGUAUGUGUAUUUUCUGUCCUGGGCUUUUGAAUGAAGAUAAACAUUGUGAUACAUCAUUUACAUUGUGUACCUAUAUGUUUGCUAAACUGAGAUAGUGCAACUCUAAUAAAACACUGAAAAUUA